AUGCUAAGGCGGACGUAUGCGAAUUACACGGAUAGGGAGGAGUGGAAUGUGCCUAUCGACCACGAGAGGGAUGAGUUGACGGUGAUGGUGGAUACGGAGCGGGAGAGGGGUGGUAUCGCGGGGGAUUCCAGCGUGCUUUACACCAAAGGCGAGGCGCCUGGAUCUGCAAAGAAGACGGGGAGGCCAAGUCAAAUCUGCUGGAACUGCCGCGAACCAGGCCACAUCAUCACAGAUUGCCCUUAUCCUCGAGACCAACUCCAGAUUCGCGCCUCCCGAGACGCUUUCCAUGCCCAGAAAGACGCCAUGCCCGACUAUGCCAUCCCCCAUCUCGCCUUAUACACCUACACCGCCGACGAGCGGACCCGUCGUCUGGCUCUGUGCUCCCGCUUCGUCCCCGGCGAAGUGAGCCAAGAGCUGGAGGAUGCGCUUUUCUGGGUGGAAGAGGAGGAUGAGCUGGGGGAUCAAGGCAUCGUCGUCAAUCCACGAGGAGGGGAAGUGGAGGAGGAUUUGCGGGAUCGACAAGUCAGGGUGUCGCUGGCGCGUGCUGCCAGGAAGAGGAGACAGUAUCCGUGGUUUGAGUGGAUGUUGAAGUGGGGAUAUCCGCCAGGAUGGAUCCGAGGAAAGAAGUCCGCUUAA